AUGCUCAAUGCACCAGUGGUAGAGGAGUUUGGUGGAGAUGAUAGCAAACCCAGCAUGUUGUGGGCAAUGUACGGCCCAACUGAGGCUACAAUUCACUGCACCCUCCAGACAGCAUUCACGGCCGAUUCAUCAACAGGAAAUAUCGGCGUGCCUCUCGAUACCGUUUCCUGCUUCAUUGUCGAAGAGGCAAAUCCUGAGGUUUCGGAACCACAAUUCAAGAUUCUACCUCAAGGCGAGAUUGGAGAGCUCGCAGUUGGAGGUUACCAACUCGCCACCGGAUACAUCAACCGCCCAGAGCAAACAAGUUUGGUUUUCAUACAAACCCCAUACGGCCGAGUCUACCGCACCGGAGACAAGGCUCGUCUUCGCUCGGACGGAGUACUGGAGUGCCUCGGUCGCAUUUCCGAUGGCCAAGUCAAGCUUCGAGGCCAGCGUCUCGAACUUGGCGAGGUAGAACAAGCUGUUCUCAGGACAUCCGGAUGCCAUAGCGCAGUAGCUGCAGUGGUGAAGUCCAUAUUGGUGGUUUUCUGCGCAGUCGAUGUGGGAGUCGCCGAGCAGACUAUCCUAGAAAGAUGCAAAGACUGGCUACCUCAAUACAUGGUUCCAGGCGAAGUGGUUCUGAUGGAUGAGUUUCCGAGACUCCCAAGCGGCAAAGUUGACAGAAAAAGGAUGAAAGCCGAUUAUGAACAACGCAAGACGGACUUGGCAGAAAACUCUCAGGAGGUAGAGCCAACGGACGAGCUUGAAGCCAGAGUCAUCGGAGUUGUGUCAGACGUCCUCAAUUUCAAUGCGAACAGGUCGACCUCGCUUGCAUCUGCAGGUCUCGACUCCCUCAGGGCAAUCAAGUUGGCAUCCGCUCUUCGAGAAUCAAACUUUGACCUGAAGUCUACAAGUUUACUGUCAAUGAAGUCUGUCGCCGAUAUUGUUUUUGCGAUUCGGCGACAGCCAACCAAGAAUUCUCUCAACCCCGCAACAAGUCAGAUUAGCCUCUCCGGAGAUCUGAGUAAUGUCUUGGCGCACAACACGGCACUGCAAGAGAUAAGCGAGUUGAUCGAAGAUGUGAUACCUUGUACACCUCUACAGAUGGCUAUGCUGGCCGAAACAGCACAGCACUCUGCAGCUUAUUGCAACGAGAUUGAGCUGGAGAUUCCGCAAGGAUACACCGCGCAACAGGUCUCAUCGUCCUUCAGAGAGCUGGUUCAGCGGAAUGAAGUUCUACGUGCCGGUUUUACACCAUUGCAAAACAGCUUUGUCUUAGUUCUAUUCAAGAACCUCCGGGUUGGACAACUCAACAUUGUUGAAGAGUUCCAACGGACGUUUGCGAUUUCGGACCCCGCGGACUAUCUGAACCCACUGCGAAUUCAAAUACUGAGAGAGUCUGCCACUGCCGGCCCACGUGUGCUUGUUCAGCUGCACCACGCAAUAUAUGAUGGCUGGUCCAUGGACAUUCUAUUGUCUGAUCUGUCUACUCUCCUGUCUUCUGGCUCAGUGGUAUCUCGUCCGCCUUUCAGGGAAGUUGUCGCAUUUUACAACGCACCUGAAAACCAGGCGGUUGAUGACGCGGCACGGGUAUUCUGGACAGAACAUCUUGUCGGCUGGAACAAGACUCCCUUCCCGAAAUUGAAUCACAGGGUUGGAAAAUCAAAUGAGAUUAGCACAACUCGAACGCAAUUGGCGAUCCCCAAACAGAAGGUGGAUGAUGUGAUCCAGAGGAUAGGUUGCAGCACUCAGGUGCUCUUCCAAGCGUCGCUAGUUCUCCUAUGGAGCGGGAUCAUGGGAACGCAGGACGUUCUCAUUGGCUCUGUGACGUCGGGAAGGACAAUCCCCGUCGCAGGUGUUGAGAAGAUCGUCGGGCCUUGCAUUGCAUCUCUUCCUCUGCGAGUGGACUUGAGCACUGUGACUGCCAACCUGGAUAUUUUGAACAACAUCCACUCCAGCAAUCGCAAGGCUAUGCAGCAUUGCAUGCUUCCCCUUGCUGAAAUCAAGAAGCUUGCUGGCUUACAGCCCGGCGAAAGCUUGUACGACGUCUUGUUUGCGUAUCAGGAAUCUCUUGACAGCUCAGCACGCAUCCACAAUCUGGUAAAAGAGACAAGUCAUCUUGACCGCCUCGAAACGCCGAUUCUGUUUGAGGUCGAGCCAACACAAGAAGGGUUCACUCUGCAGGUGACACAUCGGCCCGAUGCCAUUCCAUCAGUACUCAUUGAGCACAUUGUUCAACAAUUUGAGACGAUGAGUCUCGAUAUCCUCGAGAACUCUGCCCAGGCCAUCAAAACGACCCAACGCAGCAUCAAUGUUCAUUUGUCGACUUACAAUACUACCCCUGAUGUUGGUCAAGAAAUCUCAGACUUGUCGAAGGGGUUCGAAGCAGCCGCAUUCCAUCACCCCACACUCAGUGCGCUAUGCUUUGUUCAGCAACUGUCAGGGCAGCGCAAACUCACGACAAUGUCAUUCCAAGAGCUUAACACCUCUGCAAACCAGCUGGCCCGGCACCUAAGACAACAAGGCGCUAAGAUCGGCGACGUGGUUGCGAUUAUUAUGGACAAGUCACCAAGCUUAUAUCUCUCCAUACUGGCCAUUCUGAAAGCUGGCUGUGCCUAUCUUCCAAUUCUGCCCUCAACUCCAGCUGUUCGCAUCCAGGAUAUCUUGAAACAAGCCCACGCAAGGUACUGCCUGGUUGAUGAUGAGUCGAGCCCCGCUGUCCCCAGGGCUCCUCGAACUUGCUGGAUCAAUGUCGAUUCUGCUCCCUUGGGCAAUCAAUCUAGCUACAAUCUCGAUUUACCGACGGAUACUUCUCGAUUGGCCUACGUCAUUUACACCUCUGGGACGACCGGCGUUCCCAAGGGCGUGGCUGUGCAGCAAAAAAGCAUCAUGUCCAAUCUCUCGGUCCUCAAAUCAACGUACCCAGCUAGCUCAGGGUCUCAGGGUCGUUUCCUGCAAACUUGCUCACAAGUGUUUGAUGUGUCUGUCUUUGAGAUUUUCUACACCUGGCACAUGGGAAUGUGUCUCUGUUCAGGCCUGAACGACACACUUUUCGAGAAUCUUGAGAAGUCCAUUCGUGAACUGGAUAUUACGCACUUAAGCAUGACGGCCACUGUUGCAUCUUUGGUUGAUCCUCGCAACAUUCCUAGCGUAGAGUUCCUCGUCUCCGCUGGCGAGGCGUUGACCAAGUCUGUCCUAGAGAAAUGGCAUGAGCAGCUGUGGCAAGGUUACGGACCAUGCGAGCUGACCAACAUCUGUACAGUCAAGAAGAUGUCCUCUGGCGACAAUGUUGAGCAUCUGGGACAUUCUCUCCCGAACACCUCGGCUUUCGUUCUAUUCCCAGGAAGCCUUGACGUAUCUCCUCUUGGCUGGGUUGGAGAGUUUUGCUUUGGGGGUCCUCAGGUGGCCCAGGGCUAUCUUAACAUGCCUGAACUGAAUGCAGAGAAGUUUGUCGAGCAUCCUCAGUACGGCAGACUAUACCGGACCGGCGAUUUGGGUCGGAUGUUGGCUGACGGAUCAAUGCUGAUAAUCGGCCGCAUGGAUGGCCAGAUCAAGCUCAGGGGACAGCGGAUCGAGACCACCGAGAUUAACAGCGUUGCUACCUCCACCGGACUGGGAAGCUCGGCUGUGACUCUGCUGGCUCGACAACAGAAGACAGGCGCAGAACAAUUGGUCUUGUUCUAUGUGCCAGAAAGGGGUCAUUCUGAUUUCUGUGAGAUGGAAGUUGAUGCGGAGACGCACCGCUCUCUCUUUUCACUCUUGCAAUCACGACUGCCCGCCUACAUGAUCCCGUCGUAUUUGGUACCUGUUUCAACUAUUCCGCUUGUUCCCAGCGGCAAAGUUGACCACCGUGCCCUCCACUCGUGUUUUGAACACCUUGGGCAACAAUACCUUGAGACCGUGUCAGGCUCGUCGCAAGAUUUCCACGACGAUGGCGAUUGGACCUCUAUGGAAACAGUUGUGGCUGAAACCAUCGCUCGCUCAACCAAGUCGUCAAGACAUGACGUUGGGAGGUGGACCCCGCUCCCGAUGCUGGGAGUCGACUCAAUAUCUGCAAUUCACUUGAGUCGCGAGCUUGGACUUCAGUUGAAGAAGCGAGUUGCUGUCUCUGAAAUUUUACAACACCCAACUGUUGCGCAGCUCUCUCGUCACCUCUCUAAAGAAGCCCAGGACCAAAAUGAGGUCAGCCCUGUGGAGUUUUUCCCGUCUGCUUUUGUCGACUCUGUGACCAGUUCCUUUGCUGAACGGGGAAAGACCGUCGAAGCUGUUCUGCCAUGCAUGCCACUCCAAGAAGCGAUGCUCUCGCGUGGCCAGAGAAGUUAUUAUAACAAGGUCCUCCUACGACUUCACAUUGAGCCCCGGAUUCUCAAAACCUACUGGAAGAUUAUGGCUGAACGACAUGACAUACUGCGAACUUGCUUUGUCACUACUUCUGAUUCUCAAAGGGCGAUCGCGCAGGUCGUUCUCAAAGGAUGGACCAUUCCGUGGAUGAACCUGGAUGUAACCGAACUAUCGUUUGAUGGUGCGGUACAGGAACAUCUCAAGACUCUUCCGGACCCAAUCGACUCGCAAACGCCGCCUGUGUCUCUUGCUCUGUUGCGGUAUAGGGGAUCCUUAUUCCUUUCCUUCAUUUGCCAUCACGCUCUGUACGAUGCUAUUGCUAUGGAGCGACUUCUAAAGGAGGUGGAAGCACUGGCGAGACGGGUUAAGCUCCCCCCAGCCGCAUCAUACAAGCAAUUCUUGCGAACGGCCAUGGAGCUGCCGGUAGAUGUUGACCAAUUUUGGUUGGAGCAUUUCCAUGGAUACCGCCCGUCAAGUCUCUUCGCUCCCAUGACCAAGGAGAUGGAUCAAUGCACUCAUACGACCUCUCUGGAUCUCCCGCUCACAGAGCUUCUAACACGAACUCGACAUCUCGGCACGUCUCUUCUGGCUGUUUGCCAAGCUAGUUGGGCGAAUGUACUCUCCAUGGCCCACAAUAGGCAUGAUGUGUGCUUCGGAAACGUCGUUGGUGGGCGCACCCUGAACAUGGAAGGGCUUGACAGGCUUGUUGCCCCUUGCUUCAAUACCAUCCCCGUUAGAGUCGACUUUUCUCCAAGUUGGAGCAACAUUGAGAUGGCAAAGCACCUGCAGAAACUGAACACCGAGCUUCUGGCAUAUCAGUUCACUCCCUUGCGUCUCAUUCAGCGGAAGGUGAACCGGACAGGUAGACAUCUUUUCGACACCCUUCUACUUGUUCAAACGCCGCUGCAGGACAUUGACAACAGAGUUUGGACUCUCGAAGGGGAUUCCGGCGAUAUGGACAUCCCGCUGGUCUGCGAGGUUGUCCCAUGCCCGAGCUUGAACUCUUUAGUCAUCAACAUUCAUCGCGACAUGAGCAUCGUGACAAGUGACGUUGCUGCUGCUCUGGCAGAGGCCUUCAAACUCCUGCUGAAGGCAACCCUUACCUCGCCGCAUGCAACGAUUUUGGACAGAGAGCAUCUGCCGCCCACAGUUAGUCUCGGCCUGAGCGCACUCAAGCCUCGACAGCAAAGGUUGGAAGCAACUGCUCUCUCCCAAAUGACCGAGGAGAAAUGGAGUGCAGUCGAAACCCAAGUCCGUAGGGUUCUCGCGCAACUUUCGGGGAUGCCCUUGUCCCAAAUCCACCGCUGGACAACUAUUUUUCAACUUGGCCUGGACAGCAUCAAUGCAGUUCAAAUCGCUUCCAUCUUGCGUCAAGAGGGCUUCAUCGUCUCGGCAUCCGAUGUCAUCGAGUGCCCUACUAGUUCCAAGAUAGCCGCUAAGCUGCUAGAGAAUUCCGCGAAGAAAGAUCUAGAGUCGCAUCGGGUCUAUGAUUUUAGUCAAUUUUCAAGCCAGGUGUUCUCGCAUGUCAUGACAAGCCUGCCAACCCAUGCCAAGGUCGAGUCGAUCCUGCCCUGCACGCCUGUUCAGUCUGCCAUGAUUGCAUCAUUCCUUCAAUCCAAUGGAGAUCACUACUUGAAUGCCGUUCGGUACCAAGUUUAUUGGAGCGUCAAUGCUGAAAACCUGAAAGAGUGUUGGAGGUCUCUCCAAGCCAACCAUCCUAUGCUCCGAACAGGCUUUGUUCCCGUCAACCAUGGCGAUGCGUCUUUUGCAAUGGUUAGAUACCAUUCGGGAUCUAUAGUACUUCCACUCGAGAUUCUGCAGACUUCCCAAAAAGAUGAUAUCGAUCUUUUGCAGCAAAAGAAGGACAUGGCUCACAGCCUUCAAGGCUCUCUAUGUCUCCCACCUUGGAAAGUGGUGUUGGUUGAGACGGAUGGCCAGCUUACCAUGAACCUCAUCAUUCACCACGCUCUCUAUGAUGCUCCAUCGCUCCAUCAGAUGCUUGAUGAGCUGUCAAGACUGUUGAAAAAUCAGGAGCCGCGCGGUUUCCCAGCGGUCGAGCCAGCAUUGUCCAGUAUCUUGUGCAAGUCGCUGGAGGGAAAAACUCAGGAGAAGGAGUUCUGGGAAGCAAAGGCGAGUCAAGCAGUCGUGAACAAGUUCCCUGUGAUGACCCCUCUACGCAUCGAGAGCAGGGUCGUCAAAUCAGACACGAUCAUAUCAUCAUUGUCAUUCUCCAACCUGCAACAAGCAACACAGACCUCAAACAUCUCCAUCCAGGCUGCCAUACAAGCUGCUUGGACGCGAGUCCUGGCGUCGUAUUUGGGCGAAAGCUCCGUCAUUUUUGGAGUUGCAUUGUCUGGAAGAACAAACGAUGAGACGAAAGACGCACCAUUCCCCUGUUUGAAUACAGUCCCAAUCGUGGCAUCCAACAACGUGUCAAAUGCGGAUCUGAUACAAUACAUGAUGGAGUACAACCGAUACCUUCAUAAACACCAGUCUUCGCCUCUUGGCCAGGUUCAAAAGUGGCUGGGCCACCCCUCAGGAACUGUUUUCGACACUCUCAUCGCCUACCAGAAGAUGGACACUGCAGAAUCGGCCACAGUCCCGUGGAAGGCAGUCGCAGACGAGGCAAUGGUCGAGUACCCUGUGUCCCUGGAGAUUGAACCAGUUGAUAAUGACCAACUUCGCCUAUGUAUCACUUACUACACCGACCUUCUUCCUCAAGAACAGGCGAAGAUCUUGGUUGAGCAAUUUGAUCUGUCUUUAGCACACAUUGCUCGUAACCCCACUGGCCAUGAGGACGAUACCUGCAGCAAGGCGCCACACCUCUACUCUAUACUGCCAGCGGUCUCUCCGACUCUCACUGCCCCAGUCCAGCUCCUUCACCAGUUUGUUGAAACAGGAGCACUUUCCCACCCAGACAAGACCGCUCUCGAAUUCGUGUCAGGAUUUGAUGGUGAGACUCCUAUUAAGCAAAACUGGACCUACAAGGAGUUUGAUUGCUUGGGAAACAAAGUGGCCAACAUCCUGAGAGUCCAGGCUGUUCCUGGAAGCAUUGUCGCAAUUCACUUUGACAAAUGUCCCGAGGCGUACUUCUCAAUCCUUGGCAUUCUCAAAGCAGGCUGCUCCUUUGUGGCCUUGGACCCGACAGCUCCGAUGGCACGGAAACAAUUCAUCCUCCAGGAUUCCAAGGCCCCCUGCCUAUUGACUACCGACCCAGCCUUUUUGGGGUUUGAAGUCGAUUGCAAGGUUAUUACUAUCGAUACGGCCUCUCUCGAGGGCAUUGAAAUACCCCAGCAUGUAUACACGCCAUCCAUUGCACCCUCAGACACCUGCUAUUGCCUGUACACAUCAGGUACAACAGGCACGCCAAAGGGAUGCGAGAUCACGCACGACAAUGCCGUGGAAGCAAUGAUGGCAUUUCAAGAGCUCUUCAAGGGACACUGGGAUGCCACUUCACGAUGGCUACAGUUUGCUGCACUGCACUUUGAUGUUUCAGUUCUUGAGCAGUACUGGAGCUGGUCAGUUGGCAUCGCUGUUGUUGCCGCCCCCAAGGACCUCAUCUUGGAUGAUUUGACAGCCUCCAUCAACAGGCUCGACAUCACACAUAUUGACCUGACACCAAGUUUGGCACGUCUCACUCACCCUGAUGAAGUUCCGAGUCUCUGUCGUGGCGUGUUCAUUACUGGUGGCGAGCAAUUGAAGCAGGAAAUCCUUGACGUAUGGGGGCCCAAAGCUGUCAUCUAUAACGCUUACGGGCCGACUGAAGCAACCAUUGGCGUGACCAUGUAUCAACGUGUUCCAGUCAAUGGCCGUCCCAGCAACAUUGGACAGCAGUUCCCGAAUGUCGGUUCCUAUAUCUUCCGGCAAGGCACCGAGAUCCCAGUCAUUCGCGGCGGAGUCGGUGAGCUUUGCGUUUCUGGCAAGCUUGUCGGCAAAGGCUACUUGAAUCGACCUGAACUUACGGAGGAGCGCUUUCCCAUACUGAAAGAAUUCGGUGAGAAGAUUUACCGAACGGGAGAUCUCGUCCGAGUACUUCAUGAUGGUUGCUUUGAUUUUCUUGGUCGAGCUGAUGACCAGGUCAAACUGCGGGGACAGCGUCUUGAGAUUGCCGAGAUCAACCACGCUAUCCGUACUGGUGUUGGCGAGAUUCAAGAUACCGCUACCAUUGUGACUCGACAUGGAACAAGCGGCAAGGAUGUCCUUGUUUCUUUUGUGGUUGGUCAGAAAGCAAAGGCCGGAAAGCUUCAAGUUCUUCCAGAUGAUGAAGGGCUGGGUGUGAAGGCCAAGGAGGCUUGCCGAACACGGCUUCCCGGUUAUAUGGUACCGACGUACAUCUUCUCUCUCCCUUACGUCCCGCUCUCCUCAAACAACAAAGCCGAAGUGAAGGAGCUUAAGAAGAUAUUCGGCGAGCUCUCCCCCGAGCUGCUCAUGGAGUUGUCCCAUGCUUCGACAACACCCGUGUCUGCCGGUGCCGUCGAAACCAUGAGCAAAUUGAUUGAGAUUCUCGCCGAAUUUAGCGACAUGAAGCCAGAGGAUCUAAGUUCAUCAACUAGCAUCUUCGAUGUUGGUGUGGACUCGAUCACUGCACUAAGACUCUCUGCUCUUCUAAAGGCUCGAGGCAUCAAAGGCGCUUCACCAGCCGCUUUGCUCAGGUACCCAAUUGUUGGCGACCUUGCGAAUUCUUUAGCGAAGACUUCUACGGCCCAACAUGACAAAUUCAUUCGCGAAGCAAAGCAAUCUAUCCGGGCAUGCGGACACAGACAUCGUGCUGUUGUUUGUCGCGGACUCGGUGUGAAAGCCGCAGACAUUGAGUACAUCGCUCCCUGCUCACCUCUUCAACAAGGCAUCAUUUCUCGAACCAUGACUAGCGAGCAGCAAGAUGCUUAUUUCAAUGUCUUUGAACUAGAGCUUGCAGCUACGGCAUCUAUAGAGCUCCUACACACCUCAUGGAACGAACUCGUGCAGUCCGAAGCCAUCCUCAGGACUGCUUUCGUUCCGACAACAAAUGGUUUCGUCCAGGUCGCUUUAAGAGAUGUCUCACCGCCUUGGGAAAAACACACCCUGGAGAACCAUGAACUUCUUGGAAACUUUUUGGAGGAAAAGAAAACAGAUUGGAUCCAACAAAACGUCUCACUCAUCGCGACCCCUCUACGACUCAUCUAUCUUACGACCCCUCACUCCAGAAGACUUAUCAUCCACAUCUUCCACGCGCUCUAUGAUGGAAACAGCUUCGACCUCAUGAUGCAGAGGCUGUUGGCAAAAUACAGCGGCAGUGAGGCACCUUCUGGUCCCCCUUUUCUAGAGGCGCUCAGCCAUGGUCCGUUGCUGAGAUAUGAUUACUGCAAGCGAUUCUGGGAUGAACAUCUCCUAGGUUGGUCCUUCGUGCCUGUGCCACAACUCGGACAGCAGCGAGAGAACGACGCUGCCACAGCCAUGCGUGAAAUCUCCGUCAAAACGUUAGAGCGGGUGCGUUCAUCGCAAAACGUAACCCUCCAAGCAGUUUGCCUGGCAUUGUGGACUGCUGUGCUUAAGAACUACUUAACAGGCAGUGCAACGAUUGGCGUGAUCGUAUCAGGCAGAGCAAUUGAGCUGGAGAAUGUUGAGCACACAGUUGGACCGCUUUUCAACACAGUCCCAUUUUACUCCAAGACCAUUCAGAAGCAAACCUGGUCGUCACUCAUCCGGCAAUGCCAUGAGUUCAACACGGCGGUUCUUGACUUUCAGCAUGUUCCUCUGAAGAGUAUUCAGAAGUGGUGUUCAGGUGGAAAGGCACUAUUCGACAAUCUCUUUGCCUUCCAGAUUGAGACGCCUCGUGAUGAGGGCUCGUUGCCAUGGGAGAAUCUUGAAAGUCACGGAAACCCUGAUUAUCCACUCGCUCUUGAAGUUGUCUAUUCACGUAAUGGCAGUCUACGGUUUACUCUUGUUGGACAAGGCCACAUUGUCACGCCCGCGAAAUUAGAGGAGUUGCUUGAUCAGCUCGAGGAAAACGUCACACUCAUGGGAGCAGCGCCAGACAGCGAGGUUCCAAUCGGGCUUGGGCAAGCAACCACGGUCAAUCACGGUGCCCUGGAAAACGCCCCUAUCCAGGCCCAAAAGGCCGAGAACUUCGAGUGGACAGAUAAAGCCCUCACGAUUCAGCAAGAAAUCGCUCUGCUUGCGGAUGUUUCGUCCCAAGAUGUAUCUGCGACGGUGACGCUUCUAGAGCUUGGACUUGACAGUAUUGAUGUCAUCAAGCUCUCAGCCAAGCUCAAGAGACGACAAGUCACCAUCGCGCCGUCACAAAUCAUGCGCUGUCAGACCAUUGCCAAGAUCAUUGAAGAGUUGGACAGGUCGGUCUCGGCUGACUCUCAAGAUUCCAAUGGCAAGGAGUCACUUCAGAACACGCAACGCAAGCUGUGGAAGUAUCUGAAAAACUCUGGUGUAGAGAUGGAAAAGGUUGAAUCGGUGCUUCCACCCACGCCCCUGCAAGAGUCAAUGGUUGCCGGGAUGAUCCAGUCCAAUUUCGAGUCAUACUACAACCAUGAUAUUCUCGAGAUUUCUGACUCCGUGAAUACGAAGACGCUCCAAGUCGCAUGGCAAGAGGUCGUCAAUCGUUCGCCUGUUUUGAGAACGAGCUUCUUUGAGGUUGACAGCCACGACCUGAACAUGUCAUACUGCCAAGUCGUGUCAAAGUCAGUAGACCUUGACGUUCAACAGGUUCGCCUAGAUCAAUUCGAAGAUGUACACCAUAUCACUGCCAAGGCAACGGAGCACGCACGAAACGAGAAAGCGCAAGCUCACUUGUUCCAAUUGACAUUUGCCACCCUGGGGCCUCGAAAAUUCAUGGUUCUCUCAAUGGCACACGCCCUUUACGAUGGGUGGUCCCUGAGCCUGUUAUUUCAGGAUCUUCAGGCUGCCUACUUUGGGAAGCAAACAUCAAGAACAUCUGUCAAUUCAUUCCUCUCACAGAUUACAUCUGUCGAGGGCCCAGAUGCCAAGGGCUUUUGGAGCCAAUAUCUGGAGGGAGUGGCGCCGACACUGGUCUCCAAGAAAGAAUCACUAGGUGUCGAGCACACGACUCCAUUGAACAAGAGAGAGCAAUCGUCGGCUUUGCACCUCUCUGAGAUCACAUCCUUCUGCAAGCAACAGUCAAUUAGCCUCCAGGCGCUGUGCCAAGCUUGCUGGGCUAUCAUGCUGGCCCAGCAACUGCAAACCCUCGACGUCACGUUCGGAGUCGUCGUCUCUGGCCGUGAUUUUGAUGGGGCCGAAAAUCUCGUGUUUCCCACCAUGAAUACCAUCGCACUGCGUUGUCUUCUGUACGGAUCUCCAUCGGCCUUCCUACGAUACUUGGAAGAAAAUAUGGGAGAUAUCCGAGAGUUCCAGAAUUACCCGCUUCGAAAAGCGCAGCUCGCUGCCAACAUCAAUGGGCAGGGGUUGUUCAACACCCUAUUCAUUCUACAGAGGUCACCUGGAGAUGAAUCAACAGACUCGAUGUUCAAGUCAGUUGGGGGGUCAUCGGCCACCGAGUACCCAGUGUGCGUUGAGGCCGAGGCGGUGGCUGACAGUCUGGUCUGGAGAGUUGCUUGCCAACCCGAGUAUUGUUUGACGGAAAGUCCUGAGACACUAAUCAGGAACCUCGACGCAAUCAUGCAAUUCUUGAUGACUUCGGACGCCUCAGAUAUUCUCUCAUUUGAACAACAGGGUGUCUCUAUCUGCGGCAUGCCCCCGAUCAUGCUCAAGGACGACAUCUUGCCCGAGGGUACCCCAACUAUGGAUGAGCAAAUAACACAGAGCCAAGAAUGGGAUGAAGCCGCUUCAGAAAUUCGAGAAACCCUCCACCAGGUCUCGGAUGUUCCUUUGGCAUCAAUCAGAACGUCCGAUAAUCUCUACAACUUGGGACUCGACUCCAUUAGCGCAAUCAAGGUUGCGUCGCUUUUGCGGAAGAAGGGUAUCAAUCUUAGACCCCAGGACCUCAUCAAGGCGGCCAGCAUUUCCCACAUGGCCCAGAUUGCAGGUACUUCUUUGGGAGACAAAGCAAAGAUCAGUUCAAGUUUGAAUGCUUGGGAGCCGCCGAAGGAUGUCGAGACCGACCAGCUUCUCCAGAAGUUUGGCGUCUCCAAGAGUCAGGUUGAACUCCUGCCAGCACUUCCGAUGCAAGUGUACAUGCUGAGCGCAUGGGAGAAUGCAGAGGGGUGUGUCUUCUACCCCGAAUUCCCGUGCCUCUUCGAGGGACCAAUCGAACUGGAGGCUAUCCAGGCUGCUUGGGACAAGCUCGUCUCCGAGAAUCCACUCUUGCGGACGUGUUUCAUCGCCACUAACUCCAGAGAGGUUCCCUUCUUGCAGGUGAUUCUCAAAAACCAUUGCGUUCCGAUUGCAUUGGCAUCGCAAAGCACUGAAUCCACUGGCCUGCAUGAGCCGUUGAUCAGGGCUCAGGUUGCACAGAAUAAUGACAAGUCGUGGACGUUCCGUUUGAGACUUCACCAUGCCUUGUAUGAUGGAGUUAGUCUUCCGGCUCUGCUGCAGCGGCUUUCGGAAUUGUUGAGUGGCUCCGCCGUGAAUAUUGACUCUGGAAUGUUGCAAUGGAGACAGUUCGCGGUCGACCAGGUGUCCCGCAAAGCCCGCGAAGCAAGACGAGCGUUCUGGACCAAGUACUUGCAAGGUGCUCCUCCAAUGCCUGCGACCAAUGCAUCCUCAAUCGAUGUCCAAGAGCGAGUUUCAUACCUUGAGAAGUCUGCUCUCUCGGACUUGACAAACAUUAGGACAGUUGCUGCUCAAUCUGGAAUCUCUAUUCAAUCUGUUUUCCUGGCGGCGUAUGCCAAGGUUCUCGCUAGAAAACAGAAUACUGCCUUGGUUGUAUUUGGCAUCUACCUCGCCAACCGAGCUGCGGAGCAUGGGCUCCCAUCAACUUAUCCAACGUUGAAUUUGGUCCCAUUGAGAGUAGAAUCACCCAACGGUCGGUCGCUAGUUGAUGUGGCCUCGGCCAUUCAACAAGAUGUCCACCUGAUCGCUUCCGAAGGCCGAGCAGACGUCGGCCUGUGGGAAAUUAGCAGCUGGACCGGUGUCAAGAUCGCGUCUUUUGUGAACUUUCUCAGCCUCCCAAAUACGCCAGAGGCGAGCGGUGAGCGGGUCAAACUGAUGGCUGAAGGAGGAGGAGAUUUUGGCGAUGGGCCAGCUCUCCUCACAUCCUACAGACAGGUUCAGAACAACUUGGUCAAGAAUGACUUUUCGGUAAGCUAUUGA